AUGGCUACCUCUCUACCACCUGUGGCCAUUCCUGGGCAACGCCUGGGCUCCAUUGUCGCAUACUCUGCCGGUCCUGGCACCCACGUCCAACAAUCCAAUAUCUACGCUUCCAUCGCCGGCCCCGUCGUCGUGGAUCCCGCACAAUCCAAGACACAAACCAAAGCUACACUCCGGGUCUCAAGGAUCCUGUCAGGUACACCUCAAAUAUCUCCAGCUUCAUCUGCCCCCAUCAAGCAAAAGCCGCGCUACAACACCCUGCCCGCCGUCGACUCCAUCGUCCUCGCCCGAGUAACCCGCGUCCAAAAGCGCCAAGCCACUGUCUCCAUCCUCGUCGUCCUCGACGAAACCUCCGCAACUACCUCCGACCCCUCAAAGCUAGCCUCCGACAACGACAACGUCGCAUCUAUCCUCACGACCGCCGCGAACCCAGAGAACCACAGCAGCACGGAUGAGUUGCGGUUCCAAGCGCUGAUUCGGAAAGAGGAUGUUCGCGCUGUGGAGAAGGACCGCGUCGUUAUGGAUGAGAUGUUCCGUGUUGGCGAUAUUGUGAGGGGCUCGGUUCUUUCGCUCGGUGAUCAGAGCUUUUAUUAUUUGACUACGGCGCGGAAUGAUCUUGGCGUUGUUAUGGCGCGGAGUGAGGCGGGUAAUAUGAUGUUCCCUAUUAGUUGGAAGGAGAUGAGGGAUCCUGUUACGGGGGCGGGAGAGCAGAGGAAGGUUGCCAGGCCUUAUUGA